GGGGUGGGGAUGCGGUUUCCCCUCCCUGUCACUCAGACCUCCCCCGACUCCCUCCGGUCGCCAUCACCGGCACUUGCUUGCCUGUCACCUCAGAUCGCCGUCUCUACCCCGACUGCUGCGAGCACCGGCCCUCAGACUCUCUCUUCUCCUCACCUCGCCCAGCAGGGCGCUGGCGAUCAGGUCACCACCCCGUCACUCGGCUCUUCAACAACCUCACAGACCAAGCGACAUCCGAGCUCCAGCUCAGUACCUCUCUUUCACUCUCUCUCUCACUUCAUCACCUUGUCGACAACCGGCGGGCCCUGAAGCUUCACAGUCGGGGCAGGCAUGGCCCUCUUUGGCUGAAUCCGUAGCUGGGUAUGGGUCAAGAGUGCGGGGCUGGUCCAGAUAUCCAGAUACCGACUCUGGGUUGGUAAUUGCAUGUAAUUGUUCCGGUACAAGAGAUAGUUAUGAAUGUGAAAACUGAAAAAUUUGGCCAUGGCAAGAGAAGGCGAAGCUACCUCGUUCAUCAGUUGCAAUGGUUGGUCAGGACUGGUUUGAUUCUGACUGGUACCAUGCAGGGCAGGCAUGGCCCUCUUUGGCUGAAUCCGUAGCUGAGUACAAGUCAAGAGUGCGGGGCUGGUCCAGAUAUCCACAUACCGACUCUGGGUCCCCCGUUGCCAUCCCUAAGAGAGAUUGGCCAGGCUCUGAUUUACUUGUUGAAUAGCUCCAUUUAAUGUUUUGGAAAGAAAAAAAACAAAAAGGGUGUUGCUUUGUGUGCGAUAGGCUUCUGAAUUUGCCAUAUCAGUGAGGGGGAGUGAUGGCGGCUGGCACCAUAGAUGAAUCUGAGGGGCGGCUGCAUCCUUAAUGAGCAUAUUGGUAACAGAGAAGGGAAUAAUCUGCUGUCUUUUACUGAUGAUGCGGUUCCUUAAGCAAGUGAAGAUUUGAUUUUGACGAGGAAAUGGGAAAAGGAUAACGGGAGAAAGGAGAAGAAAGAUCCCAUGUCCUCAACAGCGGCGAAGCCACCGUUGAAGCCCCUUUCUCCGCAGGAGUGGGAACUCCUCAUUGACGACUUCCAGCAUGGACGGGAUGCAUCGUGGACCUCUCAGUAUUCUAUCCCUUCCAUCCUCGAGCAGGCUCUCUCCUACCUCCUUAAGAGGGACUCCCCUCUCUCUCUCAAGCACUCCCUCAUCCUCUUCAUGGAGGAAUUCUCCGCUCUCAUCUUCCAGCUCUCUAGCUUGAGCCAACUUAUGGAUACCCUACGGUCCAUAGUCCAGGCCCCUCUCGACCCCCCACACUACUCCUACACCCUCAAGGAGCAGAUGAUGGUCUCUACCACCUCCAUCUUCAUUACCAUUGUCGAUGAUCCGAGCUCUCAACUCCUCCCAUCUUUGGAGGGUCUGGUAGAAUUGCUCUUGGUCAUCAUUAAUCGGCCCAACCAUGGCCCCGACCGCCAAACUAGAGGCAUCGCUUGCGAGUGCUUGAGGGAGCUGGAGAGGGCUUACCCUUGCUUACUUUCCGACCUAGCUGGCCACCUAUGGAGCUUGUGCCAGAGUGAGCGGACCCAUGCUUCCCAGAGCUACAUUCUGCUUUUCACUCAGGUAGUCCACAAUAUUGCAAUUCAUCGAGUGAGCACCUCUAUCUUGAACACAUCCAUUCCUUUGAUUCCCUUCAAUGUCCCACAAUGGGUUCUGGGUUUGGGCUUGAGCAGGGAGGUCUCAAACUGUAAGGAACUAAGGAGGGCGAUGUCGUUUCUGCUCGAAUGGCCCCACGUGUUUACCCCUUUCGGAAUGAUGGAGUUUAUGGGCAUGGUCAUGCCUGUAGCCGUGGCCUUGGAGUUGCAGCCUUCAAUGUUGAAGGUUCAGUUCUUUGGUAUGAUACAUUCGUACGAUCCCCUAUUGUGUCAUGUUGUGUUGAGGCUCUACUUGCAUUUCCUUGAUGCUUUUGAUGGACAAGAGGGGGAAAUUGCACGCCUGCUUGUCUCUGCUUCAAACGAAGCUCAGAGUCCGUUGGUGUUUCGCUUGCUUGCCCUUCAUUGGCUGUUGGGAAUCUUCAAUGGACUGUUGACAAGUGAUGAUGAUUCUAAAAGGAAGUUGAUACUCGGAAUGGCCUUGAGCUUCUAUCCAAAUGUCUUCGACCCACUGGCACUGAAAGCAUUGAAGCUUGAUCUUCUGGCCCUGUUCUCAAUCUGUCUUGAAAGCUCUCAACGAGAGGGAGAAAAUCGUCUGUCCAUGCGUAAUGUGUUUGAAAAAGGUCUUGUCUCUGUCUCUGCCUUCAAGUGGAUGCCUCCAUGGAGCACAGAAACUGCUGUAGCAUUUCGGACAUUCCAUAAGUUCUUGAUAGAUGCAUCAUCCCAUUCCGAUGCUGACUCCACUAGUAAAAGGAUGCUUACGGAGUCGGCAAUUUUCCAUUCGUUACAGGAGAUGCUAGUGGAUCUGACUCUGGAGUUUCCAAGACUAGUUCCAGUGGUUGUUGCAUUUACUAAUCGAUUCUUGGGCUGUCAGAAGCAUCGUUGCCUGGGGGAGGGAUUACUUCAGACACUGGAUGAGAAUUUACUCCCAAAAGUUAUAGUGGAUCACAAGCUCGUUGCCUACUUCCCUUUAUUUGAUAAAAUUGCUGAGAGCGACACAAUUCCUCCUCGUAGAUUGUUAGAACUGCUCACAGAUUUAAUGGUUUUCAUUGUCAAGAAACAUGAGCCAGAUGCUGGAUUGAGAGCGUGGUCUCAAGGAAGCAAAGUCCUUUGUAUUUGUCGAACUAUGAUGAUGCACCACCAAAGUUCUCGACUGUUUGUCAGACUAUCACGCCUCCUUGCAUUCACUUGCCUAUAUUUCCCUGACUUGGAAGUUCGUGACAAUGCUAGGAUCUAUCUGAGGAUGCUGGUCUGUAUACCAGGGAAGAAGCUGAGGGAGCUGCUCAACCUGGGAGAGAAUUUGAUUGGGGUUGCGCCCUCUGCACAAUCAGGCUCUUUUUUCAAUGUCCAGUCUCCUCGACGACCUCAUGAUCCAAAGAGAUCUAGAAAUGUCUCUGCUUAUGUACACCUUCAGCGAGUGAUUCCUCUACUUGUAAGGCAAUCUUGGUCUCUAUCUGUGUCUACUUUGUGUUUUGGGGAGGGGAAGCCCGACUAUCUACUAGGUGUUAAGGAUAAUGAGCCCAAAUCUGAUGAUGGAGGCAUCGAGAGCAGUUCUGGCGGGCAAAUAAAUUCAGAAAGUGAAAGAGCUCACCUUCCGCAGGAGCCAUUGCGUGUUAUGGAUGCUAAGAUUUCCCAGUUAUUGGAAACUCUAAGGAGGCAUUUCUCAUGCAUCCCUGAUUUCAGACACAUGCUGGGGAUUAAGGUUAGAAUUCCAUGUUAUUUGAGUUUCGAGUCUGAGCCUUUCAGUCGCAUAUGGGGACGUAAUGCUCCAGAUGGCAAUAUGGAUGAACUAGAAGAUCUUCCAGCUAUGUAUGCCACUGUACUUAACUUUUCUUCCUCUGCCCCCUAUGGCUCUAUCCCAUCAUGUCGCGUACCUUUUCUUAUUGGUGAGCCUACUGAAGAGAGCACUUCUUCUGAUAAGAAAGUUUCAUCAGAAAUUGUUCCUUAUGAUAAUGGUUCACAUGAGAAUGAUGAUAGCUCUAGAGCGCUUGUAAUGAUUGAGUUGGAGCCCCGGGAACCAACACCAGGACUGGUUGAUGUCUUUCUAGAAUCAAAUGCGGAGAACGGCCAAAUAAUUCGUGGACAGCUUCACGGCAUCACUGUUGGCAUAGAAGAUAUGUUCCUCAAGGCUAUUAUCCCAUCUGAUGUCCUUGAAGAAGCCACUCCUGCUUAUAACUCGGAUCUGUUCACAUCUCUCUGGGAAGCAUUUGGCAGUUCGUCCAACUUUGGCCGUGAAAUAUUCCCUCUUCAAGGAGGAAAAGGGGCAGCUGUGAUCAGCGGGACCCAAUCAGUGAAGCUGCUUGAAGUGCCUGCAUCCUCUCUCAUCCAGUCGAUAGAGCGCCAACUUGCCCCAUUCGUUGUCAGCGUAAUUGGUGAGCCGCUUGUAGAUCUGAUAAGGGAUGGGGGAAUCAUUAGGGAUGUUGUGUGGAAGGAUGUGGAGUUGGAUCUUCCUGUUGAUUCUACUAGUUUAAUUACUGGUAUUGGUACCAGUCCUCUUGCUCUUAAGUACAUCGAUGAGGGAGAUGAGAUCAAGGGGGAUUUUGCCGGUGACAUGAGAACGAGAAUGGGCUGCAUCCAUAUUCUGAUUUUUCUUCCUCCGAGGUUCCAUCUCCUUUUACAAAUGGAAGUAGGCGAUGUCUCAACUUUAGUACGAAUCAGAACUGAUCACUGGCCAUGCCUGGCUUAUAUAGAUGAUUAUUUGGAAGCUCUAUACCUGGCACAUUAGACAAAAGUUUAUCCACUAUGUGGAUUGGGGAAGGAUCUUCCAUCAACUACUGUCUCAGAAAUUGCGGCGAUGCUGUGUAUCAAUCAUCAUUGUGUUGUAGAUUCUUAUUCUAAGGGUCUUGUGAAUAAGAAAGGGUACGUUUUCUAUGUUACUCAAAGUAAUCUGUGUUGGGUGCGUAUAUUGCAGCCUCUAAGGCCUCAUGAAUUAAACGAUUAGGACGACUUGAGCUAAUGUGAUUCUUUUAGGACUAGAGCUUAAUUUUUUGCAUUAGUUUCAGGACUUCAACAGUAAUUUUGCCCUUGAUAAACUAUUCGUUGGUUCAGUUC